UAGAAUGGCCGUUUACGUAAAUGCUUUGGCAGAUAUUUAAAUAUGGCUGCCAAACAGGAAAACUUCCAGAAAGUUAUUGAUGGCGAAAAUUUAAAAUACAAGUGUUCAUUGUGCUCACGCCAGUUAAGCUCGAAACAGAAUAUAUUGCAUCAUUUGCACAAAACACACGGCCUGUGUGUGGAAACACAAAAGUGUGAUUCAGAAGCUUCUUCCCAGGAGUGUAAUGUAGAAACUUCCUCCCAGGAGCGUGAUGUAGAAACUUCUUCUCAGGUGUCUAAUGUUGAAACUUUUUCUCAGGUUUCUGAUGUAGAAACUUCUGUAGCAAGAUCUGACAGAGAUACUGAUAUUGACAUUGACAGUGUUGUUAGUGUUAUGGAUGAUAUCAGAUCACAGAAAGCUGCAGCACGUUCUCAAAUGGACCAGGAUACUGUAACAGAUAUCAUUGAUGUUAGUUAUGUGAAACUGUGGGGCCCACUCUGGGCCUGGAGUUGUUUUGGCUUUGAAGACAAUAAUGCUAUGCUUUUGCAGGCUGUACAUGGAACAGGUGUAGUUACAAAACAAAUAAUGUGGUACAAACAAGUAGAAGCUACACUACGCAGAAAAUCUCUUCAUGAAGUUAAACAAAAAAUCUGGAAAAAAACAUACAAAGCGGAAAACUGUGAUGUUUCUGGGAAAAUGACAGCAAUUGGAAAUGAUGGAACUGAGAAUUUACUUGUAAAACUGGGUGUUGAUAGUGAUAGGAAUGUGAAAUUAAUUUCAAGGAUAAGUAUCAAUGGGCGUAAUUUCUGUUCAUUGAAUUACACACGAAUGAAGAAGCGAGCCUGUAGCUAUGUUUUAUAUGAAGAUACGAAUGUGGGAUGUGUUGAGUAUUUUGUUAUCAAUACAGAUUCAGGUGUAGUUUAUGCAGUUCUUGAAAAGUAUGACUCUUGUGAAGAUGUACAACUUUCUCAGUUACCUGCUGGAAAACAUCUUGUCCCUAUAACAGCCACUGGUAUCAAAUAUGUGAUUCCUGCUGACAGUUUAAUUGAUACGCUUGUGUACAUUAAAGUCUGUCCUGAAGUUAGUGCAUGUAUUUCACUAAUGCCCAGCACUCAUGGACAUGCCAUCUUUAAAUGAAAUUUUGCAUCACCUGCAUUGU